UGAGCAUAUCCUGGGCGAGGCUCGGCUUCGCAUAUCGGACUUAUCCUUACUUUAUUUUUGUUUCCCUAAGAAUUCCCGUUCUGGUAACUCCCACAGAUCAUAGAAAACGGACAGUGUCGUUCGUGGACGUAUCAGUGAAAGUCGUACUGGCCAUCUUGUGCAUGUAGUAACACGAAACUGGGAGGCUGAGCCGAUUGAGCAAACAGUUUCAUGUUUUAAGAUUCCGUGUCACAACAUGGUCGUCAUGGCAGAAUCCAAGAAAAUGAUGAGCGUGCAGAAGUUUAUGGAGGCAAUCAGCUAUGUGUAUCUCAGCAACCACCCAUCACCCCAUCUGAAAAAGCCCAUAGUGCCCCAAGUGCGAAUUGAGAGGCUACCACGCCACACCAUUGAGAAAUACACAAAGAGACAACAAAGGCAUAAAAAGAACUCAUCCAAACCUGCCACCUCAAGUCUGAAGUCUUGCACAAAAAAGCACAAAAAUACAGGAUCAUUGGGUGCCCCUCCAUCACAUCCCGAAGUGUCCCUUAACCUUCCUCUGACAGAGACUCCGAGCACUAGUUUGAAUAGCCAAAAAGGAUAUACUGCAGAACCACAACACACAAAAGCAGUUGUAAGAUCUGAUUUAGGAGGAGUGAGGAAAGAGCCUAGCAAGAGUUUAGAAGCAGACAAAGCAGGAAGGAAUAUACAGGAGGUACCAAGCAGCAGGCUCAAUGCUUUUGACAACAGCCCUUCCAGUGACAGCGAUCUUCCAGACCUCAUGAAUCCCAUGACCUUUGAGGAUAUCAGGACUAUUAAGAAAACAGAAGUGAAGAAAAAGAAGGCAAGCCCAAAGAAGAAAAGGAGCAAGAAAGAGAAGAAAAGACUAGAACCCAAAUUAAUGAAGAAAACAAAAAAGGCUUUUGAAUAUCAACAGAAAUUUUAUUCUCCAGGUAAGAAAGAUGCUACAUCCAAAACAGAAAGAAGAAAAAAUCUUGAAGAUUUUGCAGGAGCAAGAGAUUUAUCUACCAAUAGCAGUACAGACAUGGAAUCCAACAUAGUCAUUGUUAGUUUCCAUUCACUGGCUAAUUCCAGUGCAGACCACAUAGAUUUAGCAUCCUCGGAACACACUCCCUCCCUCAAAACAUCCUCUUCACCUCCUGCUGGCCUUGCAUCUGUGCCUUCAGUGGCAGAGUCAUCAUCAGAGGCAGCUUCAUUCUCAGAAACAACAGGAACAGCUGCACUACCAACUACUACCUCCAAGGAUGAAGAGGAGUUCCUCAAGAAAAUUAAAGCUCAUAUGAAAAAAUCCCUUUCAAAAUACAACUUGCCACCUAUGGACAAUGCCAUCAAAGCUCCUGAUCAGACAGCAAAGGCAAUUGGUGAAGGGUCCCAGGCAGGAGAACAUGAGCAAGAAAAGACAUCCAAAGAAAGCACCUUUCAAAGGUUAGUUAGUUCCACUGGAAACCCUCUACAGCAAGAAAAGGGUCCCAAUGUAUGCAACUUGAAAAACAUACUCAGUGCUGCUGAAGUUCCUUUAGAGGCUGCAAAGGCAAGUUGCAGUAGCACCCAGCCUGAUAUACAUCAGCAAGAAAAGGCAACCAGUAUAGGUAGUGAGCCAACAGAAAUUGCAGAUGAAGUUGAUGAUCAUUUAGAGCUGGUAUAUGACAGUGAAGGAAAUGAAUCGACUGACUCUGAUAAGACAGUCAUAUUUGGGAGCAGAAGUAUGGGAGAUAAUUUAGAUGUAGAGACAGUUACAAAGACGAGUGAACGUCUGAGUGACACUGAGCAUGUAGAAGGAACUGUCAUGAUGAAAGGAAACUCUUCUCAACCAAGUAUUGUACAGGCUGAAAAUUCUGAAGAAAGACUACAGCUGACAGAAGAACAGAAUGAGAAUAACAAUGAGAAUAGAGGAAGCUGCAAGAGGAAGACUCAGGACCUUUUGGAAGACAUGCCAGAUAAAAGAAUAAAGAAAGAAGUUGUGCCACUCGAGAUACCCCAAAAACAGAACCGUGCUAUGGUGAUGAUACCUCUUUGCUCUAAUACUUCAGCCUCAGCUCAUCCAGCUCCAUUGAGUUAUAAGUCUAUUGGAAUUGCCCCUCCAACCACUAUUCCUAAUGCUCCUCUUGUAACUGCUGUAUUGCCAAGUAACACAGAGUCAACUGGAGAUACAUCCUUCCUGGUAGAACCUGGUGAUGGUGAUCCUCUCCAAGCAGAACAAGACACCAGAGUUCUUUCACCCCUUCCCAGCAUUGUACAAGAAAUAGCACCCCCACAGCAGUCAGCAUCUCUCAAUAUUCCCAGUUCUUCUCAGCCUCCAGACUCUUGUAUUUCAGGAAGCAGCACUCUCCCUGAUCCCUCAGCUUCCAAGGUUGAAGAAGAAAAAGGAAAUCAGCAGGAGAAUGAAGCAUCAAAAGAAACAUCGGAAGAUUUAGAAGGUGAUAAAAGGAUAGUUCUAAGGGAAAGAGAGACAGAUGGAUAUCCUAAUCAGGAAGAGAAGAAAUGCAGAGUUGUGCAUCAGGCAAGUGAAACCAUUAUGGAGGUAGAGGAUAGGAUACCUCAGUUGAAACAUGUUACUGAGAUUAAAAAAUCCAAAGUAAAUGAAAAUAUAGCUUCUCGCCAAACAGCCAAAAACAAGACAGAUUCAAAUAGUACAGGCAUCAAGAACCUGAUGCUGUUGGUAAGCAAGAAGAGAAAAUGUGAAGAGAAGAUCGAACAAGUUAAGAAAAUUAUGGAGAGGAAAAUAUCUAUCCUAGAAGCAAGAAAGAAAAAAUUGGAGAACAAAAUAAACAAUGAGCUGGACCAAAUGAACAAAGACACAAUAACUAUCACCACAGAUGAUGAUGAUGAUGAUGCCUCAGAUAAAAGUGAUUCUGAGGACUUGGUGUCUGACAUUGGUUCCCCAUUAUCUGAUAGAAGCAAAAGCCCAGAAGUCCCUAAAACAAGACCUCCCCCCUCUGCAGAAAUUACUGAAGAAUUACACAAUGCAGAUGUCAGCAUUACCCAAAGCAAAGCUGCAGCUAAUGCCAGCUCUUGUGCUGGCAGAGCUGCAGUCACAAACAGUGAUGAUCAAGCUUCUCCCAGUGAUAAUGCUGACACUGGAGCAGAUAACUCAUUACCAAAUGACAUUACCACCACCAGUGCCAACCAAAACACUGGUGCCUUUGGCUGCCUCCCAUGCAACCAAGAAUUCCCGGAGUCAGACAAGCAACCAGUCCAAGCCAUCAAAGUGAUUAAGGAUGCAAGUGCUGCCACGUUUGGCAAGAACACAGAAUUAGAGCCUAUUGUUCAGCAGGUUGAUGAUUCUGACAACAGUUGUGCUGCUCCAAGUCCUAAGAAUUCAGAAAUGGUUGCAGGUGCUCCAACCUUUAGAGUGGUCCCAGAUCCCAGACCACCCAGAUUGCAGGGCCUGAAAACCACCAAAAAAGUCAAGAAGCAAAAGUCUGCUGAAGUGUCUGCUGCUUCUUCCACACCAGAGACUCAGAAUCCAGUGCCUGCACCUAUACAAAAAGCUCAUGAGACAGCACAGUUACAUAAUGUAAGGAAGUACCUUAUGAUACCUUGUGAUGUGAUUAAAGGAAUAAAGCCUUACCAAACCAGUCCUUCCACAGAAGCCCCUACAAAUUCAAAAAUGUUAUGGACACAAAAGCAUGUUCAUCCUCUUCAAUCACAACCUCAAGAGCAACAGUCUGUACAGCAACCUCAACAGAAGCAACAGUCUGCACAGCAACCUCAACAGAAGCAACAGUCUGCAGAGCAACCUCAACAGAAGCAACAGUCUGCACAGCAACCUCAACAGAAGCAACAGUCUGCAGAGCAACCUCAACAGAAGCAACAGUCUGCACAGCAACCUCAACAGAAGCAUCAGUCUGCACAGCAACCUCAACAGAAGCAUCAGUCUGCACAGCAACCUCAACAGAAGCAUCAGUCUGCACAGCAACCUCAACAGAAGCAACAGUCUGCAGAGCAACCUCAACAGAAGCAACAGUCUGCACAGCAACCUCAACAGAAGCAUCAGUCUGCACAGCAACCUCAACAGAAGCAUCAGUCUGCACAGCAACCUCAACAGAAGCAACAGUCUGCACAGCAACCUCAACAGAAGCAUCAGUCUGCACAGCAACCUCAACAGAAGCAACAGUCUGCACAGCAACCUCAACAGAAGCAACAGUCUGCACAGCAACCUCAACAGAAGCAACAGUCUGCACAGCAAUCUCAACAGAAGCAACAGUCUGCACAGCAACCUCAACAGAAGCAACAGUCUGCACAGCAACCCCAACAGAAGCAUCAGUCUGCACAGCAACCUCAACAGAAGCAACAGUCUGCACAGCAACCCCAACAGAAGCAUCAGUCUGCACUGUAUCAUUAUGUGAGACACCUGCUUGCACAGAAAGCAAAUCAUAUGCAACAGCCUGUACAGCAACUUCAGCAGCAACAGCAGCCUGUGCAGCAACCACAACAGAGACAACAGCCUGUACAGCAACCACAACAGAGGCAACAACCUGUACAGCAACCGCAACAGAGGCAACAACCUUUACAGCAACCGCAACAGAGGCAACAACCUGUACAGCAACCACAACAGACACAACUGCAUACACAGCAACCACAACAAAUACAACAACCUGUACAGCAACCACUACAGAGACAACAUCCUGUACAGCAACCACAACAGACACAACUGCUUGCACAGCAACCACAACAAAUACAACAGCCUGUGCAGCAACCACUACAGAGGCAACAGCCUGUACAGCAACCGCAACAGAGACAACAUCCUGUACAGCAACCACAACAGAGACAGCAACCACAACAGACACAACUGCUUGCACAGAAACCACAACAAAUACAACAGCCUGUGCAGCAACCACUACAGAGGCAACAGCCAGUACAGCAACCACAACAGACACAACUGCUUGCACAGCAACCACAACAAAUACAACAGCCUGUGCAGCAACCACUACAGAGGCAACAGCCUGUACAGCAACCACAACAGACACAACUGCCUACACAGCAACCACAACAAAUACAACAACCUGUACAGCAACCACAACAGAGACAACAGUUUGUACAGCAACCACAACAGGGACAACAGUUUGUACAGCAACCACAACAGGGACAACAGUUUGUACAGUAUCCACAACAAUUACAGCAGCUUCCACAGGCACUUCAGCUUCAGUAUCACAAACAACCGAUUUCGCAGCAAAAUUUACGGUCUUUAUUCAAGCAAGUAUAUAUGCAACAGCCAAUGCAGCAACAAAGUAUACGUCACACCUCUGAGAUUCCACAGCAACAGCAGGUAUCAGCAUACCCAGCACAAUCGCAGGUUCCACACCAAUCACAUGUACAGCAGCAGGUGUCUUUGCAGAUGCAAAUGCAGAUGCAGCAGAACUCUCUGGGUCAGCUGAUACUCGGGGAGCAGAUACCCUCAGAGGCACCUAUGGUAUCACAGGCAUCUAUGCCUAAUCAAGGUGGCCAAUUGCAUCAAGGACCGUCUGGCAUAGGAAGCAUAAACACAGGCAUCCAGCCUCAUUUUCCUCAGGAAGCAAGUGUCCUUCCAGUCUCAAAUAUAAGUGGGAACAUGGCUCAUGCUCAUCAAGUGAAUAGGACCAUGACAGGCCUGGUAUAUCAAGUGUUCACAGCAUCUAGUAGCAAUACUGAGGUGGGACAACAGCAAGUCAGCGACAGGUUCACAGCUUCAGUGCCCAUUGCCAUAGGACCCAUUACAACAUCUGCCAUCACCAGUCAUGUGGCAGCAGAACCCUCAAAUAUGCCAAGCAAUGCAAAGAAAAAUACCACAGGCAAAGGGAACGAGAAUCAGCAAUUCCGUCUCCAAGGAGUACAGAAGACUGCCCCUUCUUUACAACAUACAGUUCAUGCCUAUGCACAAAGUCCAGCUUCAGAUACUAGUGAAGAGGAUGGCAAGGCACAUGAAAAAAAUUGGUGCUUCAUAUGCGGCAAAAUUGGAGAAUUCACUUGCUGUAAUGGUAUUGUCUAUUGCAGCAAAUCAUGCCAGGAAUUUUGGCCACAAAACAUCACUCUCUAAACCACAUACCAGAGUAUAGAUUGGGAACGACACUCAAAAGAAUGCUCCUGCAAUGUGCAAGCUUAGGAUCAGUAUCUAAGCAGCAAAGAUGAAACCAAAGGUUAUGCGUCCAUGCUGCUACAGUUUUCUAACUUCAGUUGCAGAAAGGAUUGCCUAGUGUGUAAAUAGCAGCCAAAUAUAUUCAUAAAAAAGUUCUUUUUAAAGUGAUGGCUUCAGAAGGACUGAUCAUUGAUCAUUUAAUACUCUUGGUGUAUGUUUAUGGAUAAACUUUUCUUCUUCUUCUUUUUAAAAAGCUGGUAUCUACUCUUACAGUAGGUAUUCAACAUAUUAAAAGCAACAGGCCUGAUAUGUACAUACAUGCCAUGCCCACUGUGAGUUUACUUAAUAAUUGUUUUCCCACAUAGAUGGCUCCACUUGUACUAAGUCACCAAUGAGGCAAUUAUGUGUACUUGUCUUACCCUUUUCCU